UCCAUCCGGGUUCGUUUCUCUCGUUGCUGUCUUGCAAGCAUGGAGCUACAUGGCGAAAGCGUGUCGGGUCCCACAGCUUCGUCGUCUCCUGGAGCCUGCUCGCAGGUCACGGUGUCCCGGGAGCUGCUGACCGCGGGGAGCGAGGGUUCGGGAGGUAUCUGGGACCAAUUGCUAAUCAACUCUAAACCUCAUUCCAAGAAGACUUCUGCUCUUCAAACAGUUAGGAUGCAGAGGAGUCCUUUGUUAGACCAGGUCCAGGCCUUCCUCCCACAGAUGGCACAGGCAAAUGAAAAGCUGCGGAAGGAAAUGGCAGCUGCUCCAGCUGAUUGUUUCAAUAUUGAGAACAUGGACGGGACGUCUGGGGACAUCGUGCAGAUGGAUGUGGCCUUAUUUGAGAUGAACCGGUCAGAUUCAAAGGAAGAGGACAGCUCAGAAGAGAGCUCACAGGACGGCUCUGAAGAGAGCUCAGAGUCUGAAGAUGAAGACUGCAUCCCCUCCGAAGUCACCAUAGACACCAUAAAGUUUCCGAAUGCAGAAGGUGGCAGAGGCAAGAUUGAAGUUUUAGACAGUCCGGCAAGUAAAAAAAAGAAGCACUGAGAUAGGCCAAUGAAAAGAGGCAGGUCCUCCCUACCUGCGACUGGGGGAAGGUGGUUUCUGGGGUGAUGGGCCCAGAGUCCCUGUGAUGUUCUUUCAGAAAAAUUCGCAAGUCUGGGUUUGUUCUAAAUAAGGAAGUGUUCUGAUCUUGACUACAGAGAGGGCAGUGCCCUUGGGUAUUGAGAAGGGAAAUAGAAAAGAAUUAACUUGAUUGGUUACAUGAGGCAUUUGCCUAAGUUGACAUGGUCUGGACAGUGUGGCCUGUGACUCAGUGAAGCUCAUCUACACUAAAAUCAGGCUGUCAGUCAGAAAAUUCCCGCUUCCAAAUUGAGAGUUUUGGUUUUGGUUUGUUUCUGUACCAAGGCAGGUUGCAGUUUGUUAUAUAGGAACUGGGUACUAGAGACUCAGCCCAGGAUAAUGGCCCUGACAUUUAAGGUAUGAUGGUGGCUAUAUUUUAUUAAAGGAAACCAAAAUUGCCUUUUAAAGAUUUGUAAGUGGACAGCAUUCAGAUCCUGUAAAGCAUACUGAGCUCUUGCUAUAAAGAGGUUUAGUGUUUACAAAUCACUGUGUGCUGCUGUGUGUAUAUGAAUUCAUGUAAACAUUGUCUUUAAAUUGUGAUGGUACCGACAGUCUAAAGAUCAUUGACUCCAGUUCUCCAGUUAGUUAGCUUAAAGAGUGGUGGGUGACGUGGGUAGCUAUUCUUACUCACCAGUCUUGAUUGCGUUUUAUCAGAGCUAGCAAGUGCCAGAGGUGGGAGAAUGAACCGUCCCUCCAGGAGGCUACUUGAGUAUAGAACCAUUGCCUGUUACCUGGAGGACAUGGUAACAGCUCUCACUUCCUGAUGGUUUGACAUUGCAUGUGUUGAUGUUUACAUCCUUGCCUCCUCUGAGCCAGGGUCUCUAAAGACAGGUUAAGGUAUGAGGCCUGGACCCAGUUUCCCACCUAUCUGUACCUUCUCCUUUCAUAGUCCUGAGCCUCAGAAAGAGGUGUUAUGCUCAUCUCCCCCCUGAGAACUGAGCCAUCGGGCUGCUGUACCAAAACAAGAGGAAAGACUACAGCCAUGGAUGCACACUCCUUAAGUGAUACAGGCUGUCAGAAGGGCACAUACCCCAUGGCAGUGACCUAAGCCAGUGGUCAAAAACAUCUUGCACCUCUGUGCAAGUAUCACAUCUUAACAGGGUUUUCUACACCAGGGUCUACACCAGAUCCCUAGCACAGCUGUGCGUAUACCCAGAGCUAGUCUGUAGCCGUUAUACAGGUUUCUUGGUUUAAGAAACAUCUCUGUAGGUGUGGUUCGGAACUUGGAAAUAAACUUAGCCAGGACUUCACUUAGAUUGCUGAUAAUAGGGCUCCUGCCUAAUGACUAAAUACAGUAAAUGGGUAUUCCUGACAAAGGCAGUGGCUUCACAUCUUGGUGAGUGCCAAGCUGCAAGAUCACAGCUGAGACAUAAAAGUAAAGCAUUUUUAUCACCAUGUACAGGAGAACAAAGGUUAUGUAUUGUUCUCAAACCGGGCAUGCUCCCCAACAAAGAGACUGGGCACUUCAUUUGGGAAGUCUGUGUGAUCAUAAAGGGAAGGCAUGUUGGAGACCGAUGCACUCCCUCCUCCUGAACAUACUCAUUUAGGUCGUAGCUCAAAGAGGAAAGGCAGCAAAUGGGAGCACCCGCGGGGCGGCCUACAUUGUGAGUGAAGAUGAGAUGGGGGGGGUUCUCAGGUGUCCUUAGGUCUGUGCAACGAACACUCGAUGGGCGGGCGCUCAGUGGCUGCUUUGGGAGAACAGCUAGGUUUAUAGGAGUUGGCUGACAGCGAUAUAUCCCCUUGUACAGGAGUACAAAGCCCCGUAAAUGGUGUUGACUUUACCUGUAUACCCUUUUGCAGCUCUAAGGAGGCAGCUACCAUGUACCUAUUAAUAGUAGUCUCUCUCUCUCAUUCUGUCUGUCUAGGCACAAUGGGUCAUAAUCAUAAAUGCCCAUGUCCAAUUUCAUGAUGCCCAGAAGGUAGCACAUUAGGCCAGGUUAUGGGUUCCCAUUCUACCAGAAGCUCACGUUUAGAAUAGGAUUGCCAUGUUCUGCUUUUAUUCAUAUGGGAGGGGCUCUGUUUGACUGAUGGAGGGGAGCAAAAGGUUUCAUGGCAUACCUACCUGACUAGAGAGAGUCCACCAUGGUAGCAGUAGUCAGAUUAUCAUCAUCAUGGGUUACAGUGGUUGCUGUUCAGUGCAAGAAAAGGCAGCCACAGUGUGACUCCAAUACACAUAAAUGUUCAGAGGAUAAUUGUCUUAGUUUACUUUCCUAUUUUUGUGAAGAGACACCAUGACCAUGGCAACUUGUAAAAUAGAGAAUUUAGUUGUGUGCUUCCUUACAGUUUCAGAGGGUGAGUCUGAUGAUCAUGGUGGGGAGUGUGGCGGUGGGUGGGCCAGCCUCUGGGCAGGCAUAUAGGUAAGCAGGCAGAGCUCUGUAGCAGCAGCUUACAUCUGCUCUACAAACAGGAGGCAGAGAGUGAGACUGGGCCUGGCUGGGCUUUUGAAACCU